GUUACACAUCGCCAUCUUGUUACAAAGCCCUUUCCUUGUCUGGAAGGUUCGCAGAGGGGCUCGGGGCGGAGGGGGCGAUCGCCUGGCUGGCUCCGGCUUCUUUAUUUUUUUUUCCCUCCUCCCCCCUCCCUCUUCCCCCUUUGCAAAAGAACCAAGCCCCGACAUUAAAAUUAAGGAUCCUGCCGCGGGGGUGGCAGCGUGGAAUUUCCCUUCGCCACUUUUUUUUUUAAAGUAUCCCCAAAGACUUUGGAUCCUCCGCUGAAACGCAGCCCCGAGAAAUGAGCAUUGAGACAUUGUUAGAAGCGGCCAGGUACCUAGAAUGGCAAGCUCAGCAACAACAGAAAACACGUGAGGAGAACGAGAAGCACGAAAAGCUACGCUUGGAGCGCGAACAGGAGCAGAAGAAGGCCAGCGUGCCUAGGGUUAACCAUGUCGCUCGCCCCGAGGAGCCCCGCCUCGAAAUGGCGGCCGUGCCCUUGUCUCCGCCGGCCCCGCCUCCGCCCCCUCCCCCGCCGCUGGCGGCCCCCAUCUCCGUCAUCCCCAUCCCCGUGGUCACAAGCCCCGCCCCUCCGGCGGCGCACAACGCCUUGUCUCCGCCCCUCGUCCACCGCCACCAGCCGCUCGUGAGCGCUCCCGGCCUGGGCAAGGAGCCCCCCCUGGUGGCCCCCGUCAUCCAGAAGACCGGCCCCUCGCUUCUUCCGGACAUCAAGGCCCCCACGCCCCCUUCUGGGAGCCCGAAGCAGCAGCAGCUGCCUCACUAUGCCACGCCGGUGCUGGCUAUCUCACAGCACCACAUGGUCCAACAGCCGAUCCAGCCUCAGCCUCCCCCUCUGCAGCCCCACCAGCCCCACCACCAGCCCCUCGGCGUCAAGCUGGCUCCCUCGUCGGAGGACGUCAAGCCCAACGAGCAGAAGAAAAGGCCCGGAGGGGUUGGCACCAGGGAAGUCCAUAAUAAAUUGGAGAAAAACAGACGUGCCCACUUGAAAGAAUGCUUUGAAACCCUUAAGCGGAACAUCCCCAACGUCGACGACAAGAAAACCUCAAACCUCAGCGUCCUAAGGAGUGCCUUGAGAUAUAUCCAGACUUUGAAGCGCAAGGAGAAGGAGUACGAGCACGAGAUGGAGCGGCUGGCGAGGGAGAAGAUCGCCACGCAGCAGCGGCUGGCGGACUUGAAGCACGAGCUCAGCCAGUGGAUGGAUAUCCUGGAGAUCGACCGGAUUAUCCGGCAGACGGUUCAGCCGGAGGACGAUCAAGCGUCUACCUCGACUGCGUCAGAGGGUGAAGAUAACAUGGACGAAGACAUGGAAGACGACCGGCCGGCAAACUCCUUGCCGAAGCCGUCCCACCGCCAGCACCCCGAGCACAUGAAGGCAGCGCUCCCCCUCGCCGCCUCGCACCACCCGUCCAUCCUGCCUCUGGCCCAGAAGCACGCCCCUCCGCCGCCGCACGCGCAGCCCCCCCUUCAGCCCCAAGCACUGGUGCCUCCCCAGGCCAUCGUCCCCGCACAGACUCACCUGGUGGCGGCCUCCACCGUGCAAUCGACUGUUAUCGCCCACACUGCCACCACGCAUGCCUCCGUCAUUCAGACUGUCAACCACGUCCUGCAGGGGCCGCCGGCCAAGCACAUCGCUCACAUCGCCCCUUCCUCCGCCUCCAGCCCGCAGGUGCAGCUCGCCGCCGCCGCCCAGCCCAUCGGCCACAUCACGGUGCACCCGGCCGCCCUCAACCACGUGGCGCACCUGGGCCAGCAGCUCCCCCUCUACCCGCAGCCCGUGGCGGUCAGCCAGCCGGUGGUCAGCCACAUCGCCCACACCAUCUCUCACCAGCAAGUGAACGGAACGGCCGGCCUGGGGCAGCCGGCCGUCAUGGCCAAGCCGGCCGUCGGGACUCAGGUGGUGCACCACCCGCAGCUGGUGGGGCAGACGGUCUUGAACCCCGUCACAAUGGUCACCAUGCCUUCCUUCCCAGUGAGCACCUUGAAGCUGGCUUAGGGGCCGCCGGGCGCCCGGCCGAAACUCCAUACAUUCCAAACUGCGUUGCCCCACCCCUACCACCCGUUGUGAAGUGAGGAGGGAGGAGGAAGAGGGGAGGGUGCAACAGGUCUGGGGAGGAGGGGGGGGGAAUGGGGACAUACAAAAAAAAAAGAUUAACACACACAAGACACACGCUUGUUCUUUUCUUCUUUCUCCUCCCUCUUUUCCCUUUCCUGAUUUCUAUUAGGCAGCCUGGUAAUUGAGAAAAAUCAGGACCUGCUACUACUGCACUUGAAUUUCCCCCAAUCAGAACAUUUAAUGAACAGUCCUACAUAGUGAUUAUUAAUCCCCCCUUUUUUCCAUGUAAUCAACGAAGUAUGACUAUAAUGAUGUUCUUAAGACGUUUUCCCCCUUCCUACCCCGUUUUAUUUUUAUUUUUUUAAUGCGUUGCUUCUUCGUAGGUUUGUUUUUUUUAAAAAAAAAUAAGGCUGAUCUCUUUAUGGAGAGACUUUGCAUAGUUAAGAAGAGGAAGAAGAAGAAGAAGAAGAAGAAGAAGAAGAAGAGAAUCAUAGAAAUAUAUAUAUUAUAUAUUUAUAUAUAUAUCUACCUGCCUAUAGCUACAUAUAUAUAUAAAUAUUGUUAUCAAAUGAAGGCCGUUGAGAAGGCUGAUUUCUUCCCCCCUCCCCCUUUGCAGGAAUAUUAGACACGUUAACAGAAAAUUUGAAAAACAAACAAACAAACAAUAAUCUCUUCCUUUUGGAGAGAGAAGACAGAGUUAUCCUUUUUAAAUGAGCAUCUUUCAAAGACAGAUGGUUUGGUGGACCAGGGUAAAACCAUAUUUAAAAAAACAUACGCGACAUGUUGCAGUAUUUUUUUUUCCUUUCCGUAUAUUUGCAUUUCAGUUCAACCAUCAAUAAUCACUGUGACUUGUUACUGGCAUUUUAAGGAAACCCUCUGUCUAAUAAAAGGAGAGAGAAAAAAAUUGCACACAA